CACGGCCCAUCGUUGCGCCUGGUGGUAGACGGGGAGAUUUCCCCCCAUAUCCCGUCACGAUAACCGUGGAUUUUUUUCUUUUUCUUUUUUUCCUUUUCUUUGCCUAACCAUCAGCCGUCAAGAUGGGCCAGUGGCACAGCCAGCCGACGUGCUUGACGCCGGCAUGCAUCCAUGCGGCGUCCCAUAUCCUCCAGAACCUGGCGCCGAACUGGGCCGAGAUGGACCCGUGCACCCAGUUCGACAAGAUGGUCUGCUACGGGUACCCGGAGCACAAGCACGGCGAGAACGCAGACUUCUUCUCGGCGGUCGGCGAGCGCAACCUGAACAUCCUGAAGCGGAUCCUCGACAGCGCCAGCGACGCUGAGGCCGACAGCGUCGUGUCCACGCUGCUCACGACGCGCAGCAGCGGCAGCAGCUACGACGAGUACAACUUCGACCUGCUGAAGACGGGCUACCAGGCGUGCAUGGACACCGACACCAUCGCGGCGGCCGGGGUCAAGCCGCUGCAGGGGCUGGUCAGCCGCCUGAACGAGAUCUGGCCGCUGCAGCUGCCGGGCGACCUCAACACCACCAUCAGCAGCGCGGGCGACUACGACGGCUUGCACGGGGCCGUGGCCUUCCUCGAGCAGUUCGGCGUCAAGACGGUCACCAGCCAGUGCUUCGAGGACACGCUGGUGAUGCCGGACCUGCUGGACUCCAAGGUCAGCCGCGUGUGCUUCAACGUGCCGGAUCCCGUGCCGACGAACUACUCCAUCUACGCCGACGCGGGCGCGCUGAAGCGCUACAUCACCGGCGUGGCCCAGGCCCUGUACCUGGCCUACGAGGAGCUGGACGAGGCCGGCGCCACGGCGCUUGCCGCGGCCGUGGUCACUUUCGAGAGCGACCUGCUGCAGCUCGAGGUUCCGUACCUGCAGGCCGUGGAGGAGGACGGCGAUUAUUGGAACUUCAUCAAGACCGUCUCCGUGGCCGACGUCGCAAAGGCCGCCCCCGCCGUGGGCCUGGACAAGCUGGUCGCCGCACUCACGCCGGCCGACAGCACGCCGACCGACAUCCUUCUCGUGGUGCCGGAUUUCUGGGCCGAGUUCUCGACCCUGCUCGAGAGCCACUCCAAGGCGGCCGUGCAGGGCUUUUUGGUGUGGAAGGCCAUCAACGAGGUGGCGCCGUACAUCAUGGAGGAGCACCUCGCCGCGGCAGUCGGCUACGAGGACCCGCGCGAGCGGUGGCAGACGUGCGUGGCCGCGGCCGACACGAUGCUGCGGCACAUCCUGGACCACUACUUCGUGCAGGCGACCUACCCGAACCUGACCCUCCAAGCCGCCGACCGCAUGACGACGGACCUGCGCGCCGCCUUCAAGAAGCGGCUGGGCGAGCUGGACUGGAUGAGCGCCGAGUCCCGCGCGCGCGCCAUCAAGAAGGUCGAGAACAUGAACCAGAACAUCGGCUACCCGACCGCCGACCCGGACCUGACGUCGCCGCAGUCGCUCGCCGCCUACUACGACGGCCUCAACUUCACCGCCACCUCCUACUUCGCCAACAUGCUCGCCGCGCGGCGCCACACAACCCUCAAAGCCUACGCUGAGGUGGCCCGCCCGCCCAACCGCGUCUCCUUCUCGGGCUCCGUCACCACCGUCAACGCCUGGUACCACCCGCUCACUAACUCCAUGAUCAUCCCCGCCGGCAUCAGCCAGCUGCCCCUCUUCCACUACCACCUGCCCGACUACGCCCUCUACGGCGGCCUCGGCUCCGUCAUCGGCCACGAAAUCACCCACGGCUUUGACAACAACGGCCGCCUGUGGAACGAAAACGCCGAGCACAGAGCCUGGUGGGAUAACUCCACCAUCAGCUCCUUCCAGUCCCGCGCGCAAUGCUUCGUCGAUCAAUACUCCCAAUUCUCCGUCCCCAUCCCCGCCUCCGACUCCGGCAGCGGGUCAUCACAGUCACAAUCAGUACAAAAGGGCCAAGUCUCGGGCGAGCUCACCCUCCCCGAAAACCUGGCUGACUCGGGCGGGCUGCGAGCCGCGUACGACGCGUGGGUGGCCGACCGCAAGAACAUGCCCGAGGCGUGGGACCAGGACCUACCGGGCUUAGACGAGUUCACGCACGAGCAGCUUUUCUUUAUUUUCUGGGGCAACCUGUGGUGCGACUACUCGACGCCCGAGCGGAACGAGCUGGUGCUGCAGGACGUGCAUGCGCCGCAUAGUGCCCGGAUCCUGGGUAUGGCGGCCAAUUCGAGGGCGUUUAGGGAGGCGUGGAACUGUCCUGUGAAGGAGCCCGUUUGUGAGCUGUUUUAGAUUUUUUUUUUUCUUUCUUUUUAUAUACUGCAGUACCUAGAUAUGAAAAAGGUAAUAGGGGUGGGGGUUGGGUUGGGUUUGAAGCAUGGCGUUUGGGCGGUUUGUACUAGAUCUGGAGCAUGGAUUAUGCAUUUGGAUGGUACUAUAUAUCCAUCUGUAGAUGAAGACGACAUGGUAAUUAGACGAUACCGUUGACAAGAUUCCAACAACAGUCUCGCAUC